AUGACGGAUGCUCAACUAUGGACUCUGGUCCAUUUGGGAGUCUCAGGCUUCGUUAUAAUACCCGUCAUAUUGGUGGGUUUGAUGACAUUGUUCCUUGCACGAAGUCGAGGGGAUCCUUCUCGCCGAGCGUUUAUCUGGCUAAAGGCCUGCCAUCCAUUCUUAAUAGUCUCCCUCAGCUGUAUUAUUGCAGCCGACGCCCUCAAUUCAAUUCUCGACUCGUGGCAAAAUGCUGCUGGCUAUUACGAUACAGCCAAUCACACGCACGAUGAGAUAAGUAAUGUAAUUCGAUCUGAGCGAUAUCUCAGCUUCACCGGCAACUUGUUUGAGCAUCUCGUCGAUAUUCUGUUUGUCAUUAUUUUCAUCGAGCUUGGAAACGGACUCAUGCACUCGCUGAAUCGAAAAUCAUCCAAGUACCAGACCAGGUUACGGCACACGGCGUACGUUGCCGCCACCAUUCUCUUCGCUUUCGCCCUUGCAUACUUUGGACAACCGACGGCAUCUUGGGUGGCAUACUGGAACGGCUCAGAAAGCAAUUCGAGCUACGCUCAGCUCACUCAGUCAUUAAAGGUUGUCGGGAAACUGGGGGCCUCGUUUUAUACCUCCUCGUGGAUCAUCUCCCUCUUCCAGGUCGGAUAUGCCUCUUUUGUGAUGCACAAGCACAAGGCUCGUGUGCUCACUCGUCAGGCCGCAAUUCUCUACCUUACCAUUACCGUCUUGGAUUUUGUCCGGUGGACGUUUUUCCUCACCCUUUAUGCGCGGUGGCUUCUUCCGACAGGAGCCAGUCCUCCAUGGUGGAAUCUUGUGGAUGCUCUCGGCAACACGUGGAUCCGGCUGGUGCAGUUCAUGGUGCUUCUUGUCAUUGGUAUGCGGAGGAAAAGGGGAAUAUGGGCGACCCAUCAGCCCUGGAUGGCAAGCAGCGAGUCGACAAUGACGUCUACUAUGGUAUCGACGACCAACAGACCCUCGCCAGUUAUGACACCCGGUACUGCCGCCUAUUCUCACGCGUUAUACCCCUACAAAGAAUAUGCACAUCCAACGCAGAUGCUACCAGCCUGCCGGUCAUCCUGGCUCCCAGAGAGCUCGACACAAUGA